UGUAACAAUUAAAUUAGAUUAUUUAAUAGAAUUCUAAUUGUUUUCAUUUCCGUUUAAAUUUAUAGACAAUUUAAUGUGAUUCUCAUUUCUUUUUGACUCCUAUUCAAAGUCAAAGUUUAACACUUUUGCCUCGUUUCAAUUAUUUGCAAAUUCAUUGUUGUUGAUUGUCAAUCAAUUGGAUUUUUUUUAUUCUCUUUUGUAAUUAUUUAUCUUUGAUUAUCUGAUCUUUAAUCACUUUCAUUUGGGUUUAUAUUGGAUAAUUAUGUCUUCAUUUUAUAAUGUAAACAUUAUCGAAGAGAUUACUAAACAUCGUAAGACCAAACCGAGUAAUCAACAUGAGCUGUUAAUGGUUCACACUCUUUCAUCUGAUCAAAAGAUGUUCAAUUUUUAUAAAAAUUCCGACUUGGUGGCGAAGAUUAAACAAGUCGUUCCAAUCACCGAACUGUCCAACAAAUGUACACAGCGAAUGUUAUCUAUGCAAUCAGCGAAUACCAAUUGUUCCGAAACGAUCGAUAAUCAGAAACCGUUAGAAAGUCGAGAUGUGUUUUUCCUUCUUCUUCUCGAAUGGUUUAAAACAGAAUUUUUUACUUGGUUCGAUUCGGGUUAUUGUACAUCGUGUGAAAUUCCCAUGAAAUUAUCUAGUCGUCGACCUGCGGAUGGAGAAGAGGCCAGUUGGCUUGCGAGUAACGUUGAAGUUUAUACUUGCUCUAAAUGCCAGGCAAUAGAAAAUUUCCCUCGAUAUAAUCACCCGAUUAAAUUGUUAGAAACUCGAAAAGGACGAUGUGGUGAAUGGCGAAAUUGUUUCUCCGCGAUAUGUGUCACCUUUAAUUAUACCAUUCGUUUGGUUACCGAUUUUCAAGAUCAUGUUUGGAAUGAGAUUUACUUGGACUCUCAGAAACGAUGGAUACACUUUGAUUGUUGCGAAAAUGUAUUCGACACUCCGUUAAUGUACGAAGUGGGCUGGGGCAAGAAGCUAAUCUAUUGUAUUGCCUCCUCUCAAUACGAAUGUCAAGAUGUUACCAUGCGAUAUACUCGAGACCAUCUUAGUGUUUUGGACAGACGACAAGGUCGAUGUCGACCUGAUUGGCUCAAUUAUUAUCUUUUACAUAUAUCGUCUAAACUGCAACGAAAGUGUGACGAGAGCUUAAAGUUGAAACUUCUUAAUCGUCGAUUCGCUGAACUUUCAUCGUUAAUUGUCAUUCCAGGGAUGGAGAAAAAGUUGAAAGAAAAUGAGAAGCAAAGUCGCACCUCGGGAUCAAUUGCUUGGCGAGUCGCUCGUGGUGAAUGUUCAACUAAUCAAUCAUCUCAUGUAAUUAGAUUUAACAAGCAUACAAAUGAUGACUCACAUCGAUUUACUUAUCAAUCAGUUUUGGACAUUUACCUUACUGAUGGUGACAAAUUAUCGGGUUGGUCAAGUGCGACUUUUUCUUGUGAAAAUAUUUAUAAAAAAGUUGAAAGGGAUUGGAAAAUGACCUACCUUUGCCGACGAGAGAAUAGUAAUUGUUUGGAAAAAGGUUUUCUAACCUACAAAUUUGACGUUCGUUUCGAUUGGACUUUCCUAAUGGUCAAAAUUGAUUCAAAGACCUAUGAGACUGGUCAAAUUUCCGCUAGACUGACCAGUGAACCAAAAUCUGUUGAUAUUCCGUUGAAACUUGAUGAGAUAAAUUCACUGAAUCGAUCCGAUUUCACCAAAGAAAUUGAUUAUCUUUUGAUGACCAUCACUUUGUCCGGAGGUUCGGGUGACAUUGGUUGGCAACAAGCUCAACUUUUCCGUAAAUCAACAUUAGGUACACAAGACGAUUACUCAUUAGACGUAAUCUUUACUAAAUAAUCAACAAUUAACUAUAGAUUAUUGAUCAACUUUCACCCGAAAUUAAAAGUGAUCAACAAAACGAUUCAAUCGUAACCAAUUCGAAUCCCGUUCAAUUGUGAUAACCUUUAUCAAAGCUAAAUCAUUGUUUAUCGCUGAUCCAUUUUCCUUAACACAAUCAAAUAAUUUUUCAUAAAAUCGCAAUUUGUUAAUUGUUAACAAUCAAACAAAAUGGAUCAGUAAAUAAAAAGAUAUUUAAAAUACUCGA